AGCUAAGCACAAGAUGUCGACCACCAUCGGCCGCCUCGUGCUUGCAUUGGCGGCGAGCGUCCUGCUGGUCACCUUGGCAGGCCGCUGCAGUGGCGAAGUCGACGCCGAUCAUCACCGCCAGCGCGAGCUCGCCGACGGGUGCCAGCCGAGCGGCACGCUGCGGCCGACCAAGGGCGGCCCCUCGUGCGGCGAGUGCUGCAAGGCCGGGCGGACCUACCCGACGUACGCGUGCUCGCCGCCCGUCACGGGGAGCACCAGGGCCGUCAUGACGCUCAACGACUUCGAGGAAGGCGGUGACGGUGGCGACCCAUCAGAGUGCGACGGUAGGUUCCACAAGAACUCGGAGCGCGUCGUGGCGCUCUCCACGGGGUGGUACGCUAAGGGCAUGCGCUGCGGCAAGAACAUACGGAUCAGAGCCAAGGGCAGGUCCGUGCUCGCCAAGGUCGUAGACGAGUGCGACUCCCUCCACGGCUGCGACAAGCCGCACGCCUACCAGCCGCCGUGCCGCCCUAACAUCGUCGACGCGUCCCAGGCUGUGUGGGAUGCGCUGGGCAUCACCGGGGACGACGUCGGCGAGUACCCCAUCACUUGGUCCGACGCGUAAGUCGAAUGAUCGUAUGGGAUAGACUGCAUGCAUGCUCUUUGCCGCAUCAGCGUGGCUGGUGUUGUGUGCUUCUAGUAUGAAAUAAAUCGUUCAUGCGUGCCAUGCAAGAUAUGGUAUGUUAGAUUCUCCAUGAAUAAAAAUACAAUAAACUUGCAAGCAUUCCAGAAGAUAAA